AUGGCUUCCAUCUUCCAUCCGCGAGAAUGUGAACUGUCUAAACAAGAAGGGCAAAGCUAUGGCUUCUUCCUGCGAAUCGAGAAGGACACUGACGGCCACCUGGUCCGGGUGGUUGAGAAAGGUAGCCCGGCAGAGAAGGCGGGCCUCCAGGAUGGAGACCGAGUUCUUAGGAUCAACGGUGUCUUUGUGGACAAGGAAGAGCAUAUGCAGGUUGUAGAGCUAGUCAGGAAGAGUGGGAAUUCAGUGACUUUGCUAGUCCUGGAUGGGAAUUCCUAUGAAAAAGCAAUGAAAAAACAGGUAGACUUGAAAGAGUUGGGUCAAAGUCAGAAGGAGCCGAGCUGGAAUGAUAAGAAACUGCCCCCUGUGGUGAACGAAGGAGCACAGACUUGGACCCAGCCACGGCUCUGCUACCUGGUGAAGGAGGGGAACAGCUAUGGCUUCUCUCUGAAAACUGUCCAAGGUAAAAAGGGAGUGUAUAUGACUGAUAUAACGCCUCAAGGUGUGGCUAUGAAAGCUGGUGUCCUGGCUGGGGAUCACUUGAUUGAAGUGAAUGGAGAGAAUAUUGAAGAGGCCAGCCACGAGGAAGUGGUGGCAAAGGUGAAGAACUCUGGAAGCCGUGUCAUGUUCCUGCUGGUGGACAAGGAGACUGACAAACUCCAUGCUGAGCAGAAGAUAAAAUUCAAGAGAGAGACAGCCAGUUUGAAAUUGCUACCCCACCAGCCCCGGGUUGUGGAGAUGAAGAAGGGAAGCAAUGGCUAUGGUUUCUAUCUAAGGGCAGGCCCAGAACAGAAGGGUCAAGUCAUCAAGGACAUAGAUUCCGGAAGUCCGGCAGAGGAAGCUGGCUUGAAGAACAAUGACCUGUUAGUCGCUGUCAACGGCCAAUCUGUGGAAUCCCUGGAUCAUGACAGUGUGGUGGAAAUGAUUAGAAAGGGAGGAGAUCAGACUUCGCUGCUGGUGGUAGACAAAGAGACGGACAACAUGUAUAGACUGGCUCAUUUUUCUCCAUUCCUCUACUAUCAAAGUCAAGAACUGCCCAAUGGUUCUGUCAAGGAGGCUCCAGCUCCGAUGCCGGCUCCCGCUCCUCCAGAAGUGUCAAGUUCAGAUACGACAGAGGAAGUAGGAGAUCAUAAGCCUAAACUUUGCUGGCUGGUUAAAGGGGAAAAUGGCUGUGGCUUUCACUUAAAUGCCAUUCAGGGUCAGCCAGGCUCCUUCGUCAAAGAGGUACAGAAGGGCAGCCCCGCUGAGCUGGCAGGGCUGGAGGAUGAGGAUAUCAUCAUCGAAGUGAAUGGAGUGAAUGUGGUGGAUGAACCCUAUGAGAAAGUGGUAGAAAGAAUCCAGAGCAGUGGGAAGAAUGUCACAUUCUUAGUCUGUGGAAAGAAGGCCUAUGAAUAUUUCCAGGCUAAGAAAAUCCCUAUUGUUUCCUCCAUGGCUGAUCCACUGGAUGCCCCCACUGAUUCCAAAGAAGAAACACCGGCAGAACCAGAGCAUGACUCACACAUGGCAAAAGAACGAGCGUACAGUACAGCCUCACAUUCUUCUUCCAAUUCUGAAGAUACAGAGAUGUGAUGAGAGCAAGUAAAGGCUUUGACCGACAGCUGUUUCUGGGUAUUUAGUAGGAAUCCUUUCCCGAAGAAUGAGCUGCCACCCAUUUACUGUUUCUGUUAGAGAGAAACUCCUCUGGGAACCGGUUCAUCACGUGGGACUGUCUUCUGUUGUCAUUUGUCUCGGGGUGACUACUGCAAUAGAUGGCUUAUUUAUGGUCAACUUAAGGUAGGGACCAGAUUCUUUUCAUGUGAUCUCUUUCAAGCUUCAGCUUCACUACAUUUCUCUGUAUGACGAUUAUCUCUUAAUUUUAUAGGCUCCCUGAGCACUAAAGAUGAUUCAUAAAUCUGUAUAUGUGAGAGCUGCUACAAAGUUUUGAGCAGAUAAGCCUAUUAAAACUAUGCUUUUGUAAGAAUGCUGUGGUUGCUAAAAUAGAUGCCAUUAAGAACGCCUUUAGAGUAUACUGGAAUCUUCCCUGUUAGCUGAUAAAAACCUUAAUAGUGCUUUUGUUUUUGGUAAACUUGCUUUUACACUUUAACCUUCAUUUUGCCUCUAGAAACUCAAAACAUAAUAAAAUUCGGAGUAAGAUCUUAGAGACUUCCUGGUAAUAAAACUCAGGAUUUCUUUAAAUUGCAUUUCUCAAUGUUCUAUAAACUUUCCAGCAUUUUCCUUUCACAGAUGGAGAAAGUAGGGGAUAGGAUAGGAAAAUGACUUAUUCCAUUUAACAGUUAUUCAUGGUUUUACCCCACAGCAUGAGGGACAGAUGGAAAGGAAAAAAAAAUGAGACAUCGUCACCAAAUUGAAUGUACGGUAAUUCACUCUCAAAUAAUACUAACUUAAGAGGAGAUCAAUAAAGAUAAUAUACCUGAACGUUCUCGGUAGAAUCUAUUUCAGUAGCACACUGUCCCAUCCCCAGACAAGAACAGAGAACCCGCUGGUUAUUUUAAGGGGACAGGGUCUGGCAUG